AUGUCGGUUAUUGGUAAUCAUAUGAUUGAACUUGUGAAGCAAAUGAAUUUAGUUGUCUGUAUUUCUUUCAAGAAUAAAAACGAUGCAGCUGGUGGAACGGAACAUGUUGAAAAUAUUGAGAAUAAUGUUUUUGUUCAAUAUUCUUUAUGUCACGAUGAGUCUUUACAUUGUUAUUCGCCUUAUAUGAAGCUUUAUGUGAUUAUGGAUCGUAGUUGGAUGAAAGUCAAUAGAUUAAGUAAAGAGCAUGACAAUGGAGUGAAACAAUUUCUUGAUUUCGCGGAAAAAAACCUUCCUGACAAUAAUGGGAUUUUUUUGUGUCCUUGUAAAAACUGCUUUAAUACGAAAAAAUAUCAUAGGGAUGCUAUAUUCAAUCAUUGUGGUUGUGAUGAAACUAUUCAAAAUUACACGAAAUGGGUAUGGCAUGGUGAAGCGACAAAAAAGAGACCUAUGUCAUAUACAAUUGAAGAUGAUGAAGUUAUGAAUGAUACUCUAAAAGACAUCAUUCAUGAUAUUGGAGUUGAUGGUUUCAAGAAUGCUAAUGUGGUAGAUACUUUGCGAAGAGACAUGGAAGAUUUGUUAUAUCCGAGAUAUAAUUUUUUUACAAGAUUGUCAGUUAUGUUAAGAAUAUUUAAUCUUAAGGCAAGAGGUGGGUGUACGGAUAAAAGUUUCACUGAAUUGCUUGAGUUGUUGAAAGAAAUUCUUCACGGAGAUAACACGCUUUCGAACUGUACUUAUGAGGCCAAGAAGAUAUUGUGUCCAAUGGGAAAACCGAGGUGCGGGGAGUUACACUACAAGAAGAAGGACAAUGGUGUUGAUAACGAUGAUGGUGUAACUAGCAAGGGUGUUCCUGACAAGGAGGAAGGUGUGGAUGUUGAUGAUGUGUAUACAUGUGAUAACUUUAAGUUGCGUACCAUGUUGUUUUUCAUAAUCAAUGACUUUCCUACAUACGAUCGUUUGUCUGGAUACAACGUCAAGGGACAUGAAAUAUGUCCUAUGUGUGAAGUUUAUACAUGUCACCACCAAUUACAAAACAGAAAAAAGAUAGUUUAUCUUGGGCAUCGAAUGUUUCUAAGACCUAAUCAUCCAUAUCGUAGAUUGUGGGAGGCUUUUAAUGGAGAGCAAAAGUUUGAUAUCACUCCAAAUCCCUUAACUGGGAAGGAAGUUUAUAGAAAACAACAACACAUUAAUUUUGUUCUUGGAAGGAAAAAAAAGUUCGUGAAUAAAAGUAUUUGGAAAAAGAGGUCAAUAUUCUUUGAUCUUCCAUACUGCUCUAGUCUUGAUGUAAGACAUUAUCUUGAUGUGAUACAUGUGGAGAAAAAUAUUGAGAAAUUGACAAAAUUUACAAUGUUUCUGUUUCAGGAAUCUGAAAAAUAUGGUUCUAUAUUCAGGAAUAUGGUUAUGUAA